AUGGCUGAGUUUGGGGACCUUUUAAAGGCUCUGGGGGAGUUUGGGCUCUAUCAGAAACUUCUGAUCCUGCUCCUCUUCCUCUCACUCCUUCUCAACCCUUUCCAAAUGUUUGGCCAAGUGUUCAUGGUGGUGGAAGUGCCUCACCACUGUGACACCAGCUGGAUCCUUGCCGUGGGCCCCAACCUGACAGAGGAAGAGCAGCUGAACCUCACCCUGCCCCGGGGCCCCGACGGGCACUUUGAGCAGUGCUCCAUGUUCUCCCCGGUGGACUGGGACCUGGAUUCCAUCCUGGCCUAUGGGCUGAACCACACUGAGAAGUGCAGCAGUGGCUGGGUGUACCCCUCCGAGCAGCCACCGUCCCUGCUGACCGAGUUUGACCUGGUGUGUGACAGGGCGGUCCUGAAUGAUGUCUCCCAGUCCAUCUACAUGGCUGGCCUUCUCAUUGGAGCCACGGUCUUUGGGAUGCUGAGUGACAGGAUAGGCAGGCGGCCAGUCUUUCUCAUCUGCAUCCUCCUGCAGGCCGUCUUUGGCCUGGCAACUGCCUUUGUGCCCCACUUCUAUGUGUUCAUGGCCUUCAGGUGUGUCGUGGGAGCUGCCGUGUCAGGAAUUAUGAUUGCAGGCGUGUCCCUGGCUACAGAAUGGGUUGGUGUCUCCCACCGGACAAUGGCGCUGGUCAUCACUCACACGGCUGGCGCUAUUGGGGAAAUGUUGGUGGCUGGUUUGAGUUAUGGAAUUCGCCACUGGAGGCUGCUGGAGAUUGCAGGAUCUGCUCCUAUGUUUGCCCUUUUCUUCUAUAUUUGGGUGCUCCCAGAGUCAGCUCGCUGGCUGGUGACCAAGGGCAGAAUCGAGGAAGCCAAGAAGGUGCUGCAGAAGGCGGCGGCCACCAACAAGCGCAGCCUCCCACCAGAGCUCCUGGAGCAGUUGAAGCCUGAGAAAGAGGUCAAGUCUGGAAGUUUCCUGGAUCUCUUCAGGACAAAGAACCUGCUGAAGGUGACUUUAAUCAUGUCAUGUGUCUGGUUUGCAGACAGCAUUGUCUACUAUGGGCUGAGCCUCAGUGUGACAGAUUUUGGCCUGGACAUCUACCUGACACAGCUGGCCUUUGGGGCAGUAGGUCUUCCAGCUCGAAUUUCCUGCAUUUUCCUGCUGGAAUGGUUUGGGAGGAAGAAAGUGCAGGGCAUUCUCCUGCUGCUGGCUGGCACGAUAUGCCUCAUCCUCACUGGCAUCCCUGAAGACCAGGCCGUGGUAAUCACUGUCUUGGCCACCAUCGGCAAGUUCACAGCCACAGCCGCUUUCUCCACCUCCUACGUCUACACUGCUGAGCUCUUCCCCACCAUCCUCAGGCAGACGGGCGUGGGGCUGUGCUCGACCAUGGCGAGGGUGGCCGGGAUCCUGGCCCCGCUGAUCAUCCCCCUGGCCCAGUACCACCGGGCCAUCCCCAAAGCCAUCUUUGGGAGCAUCCCUGUGCUGGUGGCCCUGUUCUGCAUCCUGCUGCCCGAGACCCGUGGCGUUGACCUGGCAGAUGACACAGGGAAACAACAACCUCUAGAUGAGGAGCAGAAAACUGAAGUGUCUCUCUGA